ACAAUCAAUUUUUAUGUCGUUAACUUCAAUUUCAUUUUUUAUCAAACAUCACUCAAGAGUAUAAUUGUUUUUAAUCUUGUUUACUUUAUAAUAAAAUGAUAACCUUAACAUAUCUGUAUCGUAAUAGAUCACCAUUAUCAAAGUACUAGAUACUGUUACCAAAGUUCAUAAGCCAUGAUAUAUAAUGAAGAACUCUUGUGUAGCAUCUCUUUAUUCUCUAAAAAUAAUUCAACCUAGCAAAUUCUAAAGUUUAGAGUUUACUGAAAGAUUAAGUGAUUUUUACUUCCUGUAUUUUGUACUUUUUGUGUUCUAAAAGUAUUUGUUACUAUAUAAAUCAUACGUGUGUAUAAUAACUAGUAACCAACAAUUAAUUAUUAAAUCAGACAAAUGUCAGAAGUAACUGUCGAACCACUCGUUGGACCAUACAGUCUCGGCGAAGGUCCUCAUUGGGAUUGUGCUUCUCAAAAAUUAUAUUUCGUUGAUAUACUUGCCCAGAAAGUACUCAGAUUUGACCCUGUGACAGGUACUCUUACAUCUGUUUUCGUAGAAAAUGGGCCAGUUGGAUUUGUUAUUCCUGUUGAAGGUAGCACCAACAAAUUUGUUGUUGGAUCUGGUAUAGAUGUAAUGCUACUUUCUUGGAAUAGUGAAAAAGAUCUUGCAAAAUGUACACCUCAAAUAUUGAGUACUGCAGAUGGUAAGAGAACAGAGAUCAGAUGGAAUGAUGGGAAAGUAGAUUCUUCUGGAAGAUUAUGGGCUGGAACAAUGGGUCUUGAAAAGGAUGGAGAUAUUCCAUUUGAUGCGGGAUCUUUUUAUUCUAUGGGUGAUGAUCUUUUAUUGAAAAAACAAAUAUCUCCGGUAUCCAUAAGUAAUGGAUUAGCCUGGAAUCCUGAUAAUAAUAUAUUUUAUUAUAUUGAUUCAUUUACGUAUCAGGUUGUGGCAUAUAAUUACAAUUGUCAGACAGGAACCAUAUCAAAUAAGAAGAUUGUUUUUGAUCUUAAAAAAAAUAAUAUACCUGGAUUACCAGAUGGUAUGACUAUAGAUACGGAUGGAAACCUUUGGGUUGCUGUGUUUAGCGGAGGUUGUGUUCUUAAUAUUAAUCCGAGAACGGGCGAAUUGUUGCGUUUUGUUAAAAUUAACGGUGCCAACAACGUAACAAGUGUUGCUUUUGGUGGUCCUAAUCUGGAUAUCUUAUAUGUAACAACAGCGACCGUGCAAUUAAACGAAAAUCAGUUAAAAGAGCAACCACAUGCUGGUUACUUAUUUGCCAUCAAAGGUUUGGGUGUUCACGGUUUUCCUGCAAAUUCGGUUAAACUACCAAAUAAAUUAACAUAGAUGUACAUAUAAAUAUUUAAAAUAUUGUAUAAAUAUAUAAAACAUUUUUUUAAUAUUAAAUUACUAGCAUAAUGAA